AUGUUUGUCCUUCGGAAAAUCGUCGUCGACGGAUUUAUAAUCUGUGCCCUUAUCUUCAGCAUCUACGCCACGCACUACCUGUGGGUGCCAUUCCACCGUGGCUUCUUCUGCGGCGACGAGAGCCUCAUGUUUCCUUACAGGAGCGACACCGUCUCGACGACAACGCUGAGGCUGGUCGGCCUAGGUCUCCCAAUACUAACGUUCUUGAUCUGCGAGUGGGUGGUACUGCGGAAGGAGGGUACCAAUCGGCUUUGCCUGAACAUCCCUGUGCCCACGUGGUUGCGGGGCUUCUACUGCGCCGCAACCUCCUUCGCUCUGGGCACCUGCUUCGUGGAGCUCACCACGAACAUAGCCAAGACUGUCAUCGGCAGGCCCCGGCCACAUUUCCUCGAUCUCUGCCAACCUUCGGUAGACUGCAGCAUGCCAGCGUGGCGGGGACGGUACAUCCAGCCGGAUGAAUACACAUGCACUGGAACCAACACGGAGAAGUUCUCCGACAUGUACAUGUCCUUCCUGAGCGGGCACUCGGCGCUCUCUGCCUACUCUAAUCAAUUCAAAGAGUUUAACCAUCCUUCUGGCAACUCAAAUGACAUU